AUGGAACGUCAGCCUCUGCUGGAGAAGCGCGGCUCCAUCGCCGGCACGCUGCCGCCGCUGUCGGUGAACACACAUGUGCGCCGUCGCCGCCGUCGACUGCCGCUGCACCACAUCCUGUUGUCGUUGCUGCUGCUGGCGACGGUGCACUUCUGGCUGUGGCCGCUGUCCUUUGGCACUUCCCCUGUCAAGCAGCCGGCCCGUGGCAAGGGCGCCCCCUUGGAAGGGCCUCUCGAGCUCACCGAUCCAAAGUGCCGCAUCUACAACAUCUACAACAUCUACAACAGCAGCGGUCGUGUGUUCCGGCCGCCGCCGGCAACGUAUCCGCUGGUCUUGGGUCCCGGUCACCGGCUGUCCUUGAAUCAGGGAUCGCGGCGCCGCGACGACCACGAGCACAGACAUGAACACUGGCGUCAGGUGCACGUCGAGGGUGACAUUGUGCUCCGACAGGCUGAUGCCGCCCAUCCGGACGGGGCCGUUGUCGUCGAGCUCGUCUACAACGAUGAGCGCAUCUACUCCGACGUCGUGCUCGGCCAUGAAGGCGAUCCGAACAACCAAGCCUUCACCCUUUUUGUCGACGAUGGCUUCUGGGUCGACGAGCUCGACGAUCUGGCCACGACACGGGGCUACCCCUGUGCUCUGGCUCGCGUGACCGUCUGGGUGCCCGAGCGGACUGGUACCCACCUGGACCGCCUCCGCAUCGCGUCCACCUACCUGGGUAUCAAGCUGGUCGAGGGCCUCGACAUGACCAUGGCCCUGUCUGCACAUUUGUACUCGCAGAUUUCCGACGUUGUCGCUGGCGUCCAGCUGUCAUCGCCCUCAAACAAGUCUGAGUCGGGCUUCCACUUCGCCGCGAAGAACACCGAGAUCGUUCUGACCGCUGGCAGUGUGGCUGGUGGACCGUGGGCGCUGCGCCACUCGUUGGCCGUCAGCUCCUCGUCGGGGACUGUCGAUAUUGAGGUGGAGGAGACCGACGAGACCGACGUCUCCGACGUGGCGCCGUACCUGUCACUUUCCACCGUCUCGGGCGACAUCAAGCUGCGCGAGCUGCCCUCGACGGCCAGCCGGCCCGGCCACUCGCUGUACGUGGAAAGCCGUUCCGGCAGCAUAUCCGUGUCCGAUGCCGUCUUUGCUCGCAUCGCGCGCAUCCACACCGUCUCGGGUGACCUGGACGUCAGCCUCCGUCCGCAGGCCCCGCUCGCCGGCAACAGCACCGCCGAGGAGCACCGCGAACUCGAACUCGAAACCUCCACUGUCAGCGGCCAUACUGCUGUGCAGCUGGCCUACGGCGACGAUCAGCCGCCGCUCGACUCUCUUCGCUCCCGUCAUCACGCCGUCUCCGGCAACAUCAACCUCUGCUAUCCCAACGCCUGGGCCGGAUUCGCCCGCCUGGACACCCUCGUCGGCGGAAGCGCCAGGCUGCUCGGCAGGGACGUUCACGUGCUGCCUGACGACAACCCGCACUUCCCGCCGUUCGUCGGCCACCACGUCGAGGGCACAAAGGGCAGCGCCGACAACGCGUCAACCGUCGAGGCCAAGACCACGACCGGGUCGAUCCUGCUGGCAUUUCCCGAGUAG